AACUGAGGAUGCCUCAAAUCUGUCACUCCACACUCCUUUUCUCUCUCAGUAAGCUCGUUAUAUACAGCAGCAUCGAUAUAAACAUACUCGCAAUUGACACACACAACAGGCACCAACGAACCACACGACAAUUAAACAACCAACCAAAGAAAGGCGCCAUGGUGUUCGACGCGGGAGCCGGGAGCGCCGGCGGCUUGCCGGCGUCGCUGAACCAGAACCCCCUCCGCGUGAUCCUGACGCGGCGGUUCGCGCGCCAGGUGCUGCUGGGCCGGUGGUUCACCGUGUUCGCGAGCCUGCUGAUCAUGGCGGCCUCCGGCGCGACCUACAUCUUCGGGAGUUACUCCGGCGCGCUCAAGUCGUCGCUGGGGUACGACCAGCGAACGCUCAACACUGUCUCCUUCUUCAAGGACCUCGGCGCCAACCUCGGCGUCUUCUCCGGGCUCAUCAACGAGGUCACGCCCCCCUGGGUCGUGCUUGCCAUGGGCGCCGCCAUGAACCUGUCGGGCUACCUCAUGGUCUACCUCGCGGUCUCCGGCCGCACGGCGCUGCCGCCGGUGUGGCUCGUCUGCUUGUACUUCUUCGUCGGCGCCAACUCGCAGUCGUUCGCCAACACGGGCGCACUCGUCACUUGCGUCAAGAACUUCCCGGAGAGCCGCGGGGUCGUGCUCGGGAUACUGAAAGGGUUCGUCGGCCUCAGCGGCGCCGUGUACACGCAGUUGUACUUGGCGUUCUACGGCGGCGACGACGCCGAGUCGCUGAUACUGCUCAUUGCGUGGCUGCCGGCGGCCGUGUCCGCCGUGUUCGUGCACACCAUACGGUACAUGCCGUACCCGCGCCGUCGCGGCGGGCAGGAGACCAGCGACGAUCCCUUCUUCUGCUUCCUCUACCUCUCCAUCGCGCUCGCGUGCUUCCUGCUCGUCAUGAUUGUCGUGCAGAAGCAGGUCCCCUUCUCGCGCGACGCCUACGGCAUCGCCGCCACGCCGCUGCUCAUCCUCCUCUUCCUCCCCCUCGGCGUCGUCAUCAAGCAGGAGUACAAGAUCCAUCGCGAGCGCGAGCUCGACGCCACCCUCCGCGCCGACGAUCCGCCGCCGACCAUCACCGUAGUCGACGGCGCAGACCACGUCCAAAUGUCCACCGAUACCAAGAAAACAGAGCAGCCGGUGGCGCCGCCCACGUCGAGUCCUUCCUCUUGCACGGGGAAGUUCGGAGAGUGCGUCAAGACCAUGUUCCGGCCGCCGGCGAGGGGCGAGGACUACACGAUCCUGCAGGCGCUGGUGAGCGUGGACAUGCUGGUGCUGUUCGUGGCGACCAUCUGCGGCGUGGGCGGCACGCUGACGGCGAUCGACAACAUGGGCCAGAUCGGCCAGUCGCUGGGCUACCCGUCCAAGAGCAUCAACACCUUCGUCUCGCUCAUCAGCAUCUGGAACUACGCCGGGCGCGUUACCGCCGGCUACGCCUCAGAGGCCGUCCUGGCCCGGUACAGGGUACCCCGCCCGCUUCUCCUCACCGGCGUGCUCCUCCUCGCCUGCGCCGGCCACGUGCUGAUCGCGCUAGGCGUGCCGCAGUCGCUGUACGCCGCCUCCGUCGUGAUCGGGUUCUGCUUCGGCGCGCAGUGGCCGUUGGUGUUCGCCAUCAUCUCCGAGGUGUUCGGGCUCAAGUACUACUCCACGCUCUACAACUUCGGCGGCAUGGCCAGCCCCAUCGGCUCCUACAUCCUCAACGUGCGCGUUGCCGGGAGGCUCUACGACGCCGAAGCGGGACGGCAGCACAACACCGGCGGCGUCGGCGGGCGCGACAAGGUGUGCCUUGGGGUGGAGUGCUUCAAGCGGUCGUUCCUGAUCAUCACGGCGGCCACCGUGUUCGGCGCGCUCGUGUCGCUGGUGCUCGUGUGGAGGACGUGGAGCUUCUACAAGGGUGACAUCUACGCGAGGUUCCGGGAGGGCGCCGGCGAGGCGCAGGACGGCCGUCUGCCGGUUGGACAGCAUCGGCGGCCGGAGGAGGAGGAAACAAUAGCGGUCAACGGCAGGAAGGGGUGAUUAGAGAGAGAGAGAGAUGCAUAAAACAGCAGAGGAAGUAGAACGCUGCUCAAGAAAUUGUGGUUCGGUAAACGCCACCCCUACUGAUUAUGACAAGGGGGCCCACGUAAAUAUGGUUUGUAUUACCCUAGGGCUAUAAAAAAAACUCGAAGUUUGUAAGCUACCCAAAUUUGACUUGUUCUAGAUUGAAUUUGAGCUCACCUAGACCUCAAAACGUGCCAAAUUUGAGCCUGGUCAAGACUCACUAGCUUGAUAAAACUCGUGUUAACAAGAACUAUGAUUUUUAUUUGAGUUUAUUAUCCUAUCAAGUCUAUAUAAUCUUAAUUUUUCUUAUGUAA